AUGGGCUGCGACAAUAAACUGCCUGAACACAAAGACUAUAAAUCGCCAGCCAGUGAAUUUCUCAAAGAAGAAGUCUAUCGCCUUGGGUCAUUGCCAGGUCUACGCUCCCUACCACCAGGUCCAGAGCGUGACUUCCUCACUCUGUCAUGGGGCCCCAUUAUAUAUCGCACAUCCUACGCCCCCGAAACCAAGCGUCUUCUCCCAGUAUUCCUGCGCAGCCUCAACGACUCCGUGAGCCAAUCACUACACCGAACCCUGACAGGCUCCGAUGAGGACCUUCGUAUCCUGACACAGACAUAUUCCUCCAAAAUAUUCAGCUCGCGGGAUAUGUACGCCGACCUGAACGAGGAAGCGAUUCGACAGGUGUUUCAUGAAUUCAAGGUGUCGCUGGCGAUACCUGCGACAGAGCUCCCGAGCAGACUGCGUAUAUGUCUGAUGGUUGACGAUGCAGUAAUAUCGCAUUCAAAAACUAUUUUAGAUUCAUCCUCAAUGGUUGGGGAAGAUAUUGUUUUGGGGAGAUGCUGGGUGAAGGUUGUCGAGGAGAAUUUCCCAGACUCGAGAAUGAGUGAUCACCCGCAAGUUGAUAUAAAUGGUGUAUCUGAUUGUGCAAAAAAUUAUCGUGGGAAUUAUCAUGGGUGGACGAUGGUGGCUCUUGAUGCAUUGGUGGAGGUCUUUGAUGGGCUGAGGCAGAUAAAGGCUUUGGUUGAUUAUCAUCGGGAGGGACGGGUGUACCUAGGAGAAGGAAAAUGGAGCAACAUGUAA